AUGAUGUCGCAGCAGCCGGAAGCUCCGACAACUGCACGUGUUAUUGUGGUUCAACCGGUGCGGGGACCACGACAGGCCACGGAUCCAGCCGAUCUGGCUCCACGUGUGGCAGUCCCAGACGAACCGCAACCGCAACCAGUUGUUGAAGCGGACCCCGCUUCCCUGCCCAACUAUUAUGGACCCAAUUCGGUGCGGGGCAAUGCGACGCGUACUGUUAUGCCGAAACACGUGAACUUGAAGGUUCCGCACUUGGCAUUCUGCCCCUAUUGUCAGGUGAGUUUUCUUGUUUUACGAAUUGUGUGCACUGUUCACUUGAAUCGAUGUAUCUCAGCUGCGUGUGGAGGUAUCAAAAAGUUGUCAACUGUCGCAUUGUUCGCCAAGAAAUUUUGCACAUUUUUCCAGUUGACAAUUUUUUGAUAGCUACAAAGACAACUGAGAUACAUCGCAUUGAAUUCCAGAAAACCGUCACCACUUACGUGGUUCGGUACGCCGGCUGCUGGACCUGGACCCUCUGCUUUCUGGGACUGUUCGGCUUGUUCCCGCUGCUCUUAGUCUUCUGGAUGGACUUUUUCAAAGAUUUUCACCACAAUUGUCCGGAUUGCAAACGAAGGAUCGCCUACUCUGUUCGUUGA